GCCGGUGUGCUGUUGCUGUGUUCGUUUGCGUACGGCAUGAAAUCGCCUCGACCGUUCUAUCGUCGGAAUUAUUACAACUCGGCGGGGCCACCUGGACCCGUGCGUCUGCUGACAGCGCCUCAAGGACCGCCCAGUUAUCGCUGGGAUCUGCAGACCAAUGAGAGCAAGCGACGCGAUGUAAAAAAGAAGAGUCUGAAGAAAACUCACUACAGGCCAUACACAUCGGAGGAGGAUGACUAUUCCAGCGAGCGUUAUUCGGGUGAAUAUUCUGGUGAGACGGCACAGGAUAGUCGCGAGUAUACGAUAGGCACCCAGAUCCGCGUCCAACAUCCCAUAUCGGUGCCCAAGAAACUCAACUCUGGUUCGUCGUACAACAAGCAGCACAAAUAUGCUGCUGUUGCACCCUAUAAGAGUAGCGGGCAUUCAGGUUUCGCCUCGGAUAUUCACUCUGUGGAGGAACAGCCACCAGCCAAGCGCUCAAAAUGGGUGCCGGCACAUUAUGAGUCCGAUGCAGAUCCCAUCCAUUUGGUGCCGCCGCCCAAGUCGACAGCUGCUUCACACGAUUACCGGGUAUUCGAGACGGAUCACGAUGACUAUGAGGCGCCACAAGUGCGGCCAAAGAACCACGAUCGCUACAAGAGCGUUGCGUCCAAAAAACAGGUUGAGGCUUACCUCGAGGAUCAACAGAAGCUUCUCGACGAGGCCAUCAAGAUGCAGUUACUCAACAAUCCCAAGUUGCAAAAGUAUCUCAAAUCCAAUUCGCAUGAGCAGCGACCCGAUCUGGAUCUCGAGGACUUUGAGACAUUUCCCCCAAGCUUCUCGGGACCCGGUCCGUUGCACAACAACAACAACAAUUUCAGUGGAGAACGUUCCCCGUUGCAUUCAAUCAAAGGCAGUCGACCCCACAGACGUCCACCCGGCAUCGAACUGAAACGUGCCCCAAAAUCCAAACAUAUUCUCAAACCGAAGCGAAAGUACAGAUCAGCCCUGGUUAUCAAUGUGUGAGAUUGUGAGAAUGAACAUCCGAUGGAGUUAGUCUUAGAUUCUUUACUAAUUUAAA